AUGGCGUCGCAGUCGCAGCCCGUCGCACGGAGUCGCACAGCUUCGCGAGGCGUCGCGCCAGAGGUGUACGACGUGGUGGUGGUGGGCGCGGGCCUGGCGGGGCUGCAGGCGGCGCAGCAGCUGUUGGCGCGGGACAGGCAGUGGGCAGAGUGGGCGCGCGGAGGCGCAGCGGGUGCGGGAGGCGCGGAGGGCGCGGGAAAUAGGCGAAGCGGGGCGGGGAAUGGGGAGCUGCGCGUGGUGGUGGUGGAGGCGCACGGCAUGGUUGGGGGGAGAGUGCGCGGACUGGAGGGACUCGUGCCGUGGACUGUGGAGAUGGGUCCGGAGUUCAUUCACGGGGAUCGCAACUGCUCCAUCAAGGCAGCAGUGGAUCAGCUCGGCUGUCAGCAGACCACCCUCGCCUUCCAUAUCCGCCCGCCAUCUUAG